UACCCUUACCCGUGCAUCCGACAUUUUCACUUUGUCUCACUUGCAAUGAGAGAUAACGCGGUUUAUGAAAACGUCUUGGAGAUGGGGAAAGAAGGAAACACCUUGUUCCUUGACAUGGGUUGUUGCAUGGGUACAGAUGUUCGCAAACUGGUUCUCGACGGCUAUCCGGAAGGAAACAUUGUUGCAGUUGAUAUCCGCCAGGAAUACAUUGACAUAGGGCACCAGCUCUACCAUGAUAAAGAUACUUGCAAAAUCCGCUUCUCCUCGGGGGACGUUUUUGACAUUCCACUUUCAUCGGCCAUCUCGGCGCAAUCUAAUGUUUCGCUGAGUGCAGUCGUGCACUUGUCACAGCUUCGGGGCUGUAUAACGCAUGUGUAUACUGGGGCGCUAUUUCACCUUUUUGAUGAGGCAACCCAGUAUGCGAUUGCGCUUCGACUGGCUACUUUGCUUGAAAGGACAAGAGGAGCGAUGGUAUUCGGAAGACAUUCGGCGUUGGAGGAGGAGGGCAUGAUUGAAGAUCCGAUGGCAAGAGUACGAUAUGGCCAUUCGCCCAAGUCAUGGCCACGUCUUUGGGAAAGAGUGUUUGCCAAACUGGAUGGUGUAGAAUUUGCUGAAACUCGGGUUGUGGUUAAAGCCGAGCUGAGAGAGUAUUCUGGAUCUGCACUUCAGACUCGGAUGAUGUAUUGGUCUGUCUCCAUCACAUAA